AUGUUAGCAUCACGAAAGCGCGCGUCUUCACCCGUCGAGGCGGACCAAAACAAUCCGACGGAGAAGGCCCAUACAAGACCCAACCCAAAGAAAGCCGUCAAAAAAGAUGUUGGGACUUGCUCAAUGGACAAGAAGCAGAUUGGAGACCGCGUCAAAGCAGCACUGGCUUUGAACAAGUACGCACUCAACCGAACAGUCAUAAAUCUCCAAAUAGACACGGCAUUCUUCCGCACCUUCUUCAUUGAUAAUGACAAGCUCAGCAAACCAUUAUCAAUCACCCCUACGGAGUUCGACGACACUUCCCCCGUGGUCGUCGUAGAAUUCAGCCAUCACCAAGCAGCCGAGUUGCUCGGGGUUAGCAAGGUGAAGGGAGGAAACAGGCUAAGUACAACGCACCUGGCGGCUAUCAUCCUGUCCUUUCGUGUCGAUGAUCCUACUCCUUCCCUAGGGCAGUGA